UGGAUGACCUUUCUUACGGACGAUGCUACUCGACGCACUUGGUCUCUCCGACUGGCGAGACCUUCUGAUGCGCCUAACGCUAUCAAACAACUCGCUAAGUUCCUCGAGCGAAAGUACAAGAUUAAGAUUCGCUCCUGGCGAGGUGAUAGUGAGUUUAACAAGGGACCUUUCAAGACGUAG